AUUCAGUAUGGCGGCGACGCCAGUCCGCAGAGGCGAUUGAGCAGGUCGCUAGUGGCGCGUUCCACUCUAGUCAUGGCGGCCCGCCGACCGGUCGCGGGCAGCGGGGCUCUGGCAACGUGCGGUCUGGAGAGCAUUCUGGAGGCGCUGAAGCUUCUGCUGAGCCCGGGAGCAUCGGAUUCAGGUUCACUACAGAUCACAAAACAUGAUGUCCUGUUGGCUACUUUAAGCUCCAACCUGUCUGCUUUGGAGGACAAAUUGCUGAAGGAUCCUCACUGGAAGAAACUGAAACUCCUAAGGGAUGAAAUUGCUAAUAAGGCAGAAUGGCCACAAAACUCUGUGGACGUCACCUGGAGUUUUACCUCUCAAACUUUGUUGUUGCUGUUGUGCUUGAAGGAAACCAUGAUCCACCUUGCAGCUGACUUCAGUCCAGGUAAACCCAGCCUGAGGACUCCGGAAGCCGCUCCUGCCCUGAGCCCAGAUACACUUAGCAUCUCACAGCAGAAGACUGUCCAGUCCGUGCUGCAGUUUGUAGUCACCUUCGGUGUCUGCCCGUAUCUCGUGCCUGGUGUGGGAGUCCCUUUGAGAUGCAGGACCGCGUUUGGUGCCGUUGUUCAGGAUGUGGUGUGUCUGAGCGCUCCUCCCGAUGCGACCCGGAGACUCUACACCAGCUGCAGGAUUCUUCUGAACAUUGCGCAUCACACUUCUCUGGGGAGCUUGAUUUUCUGCCGCCAUUUUGGGGAUAUUGCAGCAGGUCUGUGUCAGCUGGGAUUCUGCCCCACCAAGAGAAAACCACUAAAACCUGAGGAAGAGGUUUUAACGGAAGAGGAAAGAACCUCUUCUAGGGAGGCCUUGAGAGACAUCUUGGAUCAAGUGUAUCAACCCUUAGCAGUCCGAGAAUUACUUAUCCUCCAGGGAGGACCACCCCAGUCCUGCACAGAUGAAAAGACACAAGUUAGGUGUCGGGCCCCAGCUUGGCUUCGGCGUCUAUGUGGGCAGCUGCUCUCCGAAAGGUUGAUGAAACCCAGUGGUGUUCAGGCAGUAGUCCGGGGCAUUCUGGAAGGAGCAGGUGCUGGGGCAGCUGGCGGGAGUGAUGCAGAGGCAAUGGCUGCUGACUGGAAGAAGUGUGACUUGAUUGCAAAGAUCCUGGCCUCUUGUCCCCAGCAGUCUCUUUCACCAGAGGAUUACUAUCGAGAUAUCUGCCCCCAGAUUCUAGAUUUAUUUCACUUUCAAGAUAAAUUGACAGCGCGACAGUUUCAGAGAGUUGCCACCACUACCUUUAUAACCAUGUCGAGAGAACGCCCACAAUUGGCUUCGAAGUAUUUGCUUGAACCGGUGCUAGCCCCCCUCCACCGAUGUUUAAACACCGCAGAGAUUCCAGAGAGUGGCAUGGCUCCAGGGACCAUUUUGGUAACAGAAGAGGAACUUAGUAGAUGUAUUGAGGAUGUAUUUAAGGUGUACGUGGUCGGGAACGAACCUUUGACAGUUUUAGUGGACUCCCUGCUUCCAGUCUUGGGUGUACUCUUUUCUCUAUACUGUUUCACCAAGCAAAGCGUGUCUCAUAUAAGGUCACUUUGCCAAGAGAUCUUAUUAUGGAUUCUGGGGAAGCUAGAGAGGAAGAAGGCAAUUGCCAGCCUGAAAGGAUUUGCAGGAUUGGACAAAUCUGUGUCCUCUCUUCCUUCUCUGUGUCAGUUUAGAGCGGCCGCUCAAGGUGGCAUCAUGAUUACCAUCAGAGAGACCGUUUGUGACGAAGAUGAGGAUGAAGCCUUGUACCAGAAGGUGUCCUCAGAGCAGUGCCGGGUUGAGCACCUUGGGGACUUGUUAUCCCACUGCCAGGAGUGUGGUUUGGCAGGUGACUUCUUCAUCUUCUGCUUGCAGGAAUUGACUCAUGUGGCCAUGGAAAAUGAGACAGAGUUGAAAACAAAACCCUUCUCCAGCAAAAGCGUCUUGGAGUUAGAGCAGCACCAAACUCUUGUGGAAGGCCAGGGCCAGAAGCUGCUGGUUCUACAGCUGUUGGCCGUUCUGUGCGAGAGGAUGUCUGAGCAGAUAUUCACAAAUAUCACUCAGGUUGUGGACUUUGUUGCAGCAACCCUGCAGCGAGCGUGUGCAAGCUUGGCCCACCAGGCAGAGAGCACCGUGGAAUCGCAGACGCUGAGCAUGUCCAUGGGGCUGGUGGCUGUCAUGCUGGGAGGAGCUGUUCAGUUGAAGUCAGGUGAUUUCGCUGUCCUGAAGCAAUUGCUGCCUUUGUUGGAGAAGGUCUCCAAUGUGUACCCUGACCCUGUCAUCCAAGAGCUCGCUGCCGAUCUCCGCAUCACCAUCUCGACCCAUGGGGCGUUUUCCACCGAUGCUGUCAGUGUGGCUGCCCAAAGUACCCUGAACAGAAAGGAUCCAGAAGGGAAAAUAGAAGAACAGCAACAAACCAGUCAUGAAAAGAACAGUAAUGGGUCUGACCUCGAACAACAGCAAAGCCGGGAGAAAUCCAGGCAAAUGGGCCUGAAAUCUCACACUCCACCCAUUGCUCAGGAGGUCAGUGUGUCCAGAACUACUACAAACCACAAGUCUGGAAGCAUCACCACAGACCAGCUCCAGGAGGUUAUUUUAUCGGCUUAUGAUCCUCAGAUUCCAACGCGGGCUGCUGCCCUGCGGACUCUUUCCUGCUGGAUAGAGCAAAGAGAAGCAAAAGCCCUUGAGAUACAAGAGAAGCUUCUCAAGAUAUUCUUGGAGAACUUGGAGCAUGAAGACACCUUUGUAUAUCUGUCUGCUAUUCAGGGGGUUGCCUUGCUCUCAGAUGUGUACCCUGAGAAAAUCUUGCUUGGCCUGUUGGCUCAGUAUGACGGUGGUAAAGACAAGCACACGCCAGAGACCAGAAUGAAAGUCGGGGAAGUCCUGAUGCGAGUUGUCAGGGCAUUAGGGGACAUGGUCUCCAAGUACAGAGAACCUUUGAUCCACACAUUCCUGAGGGGGGCAAGAGAUCCAGAUGGUGCUCACAGGGCCAGCAGCUUAUCUAACCUUGGAGAACUGUGCCAGAGGCUGGACUUUCUGCUGGGCUCUGUGGUUCAUGAGGUAACAGCUUGCCUGAUUGCUGUGGCUAAAACAGACCAUGAAGUUCAAGUGCGCAGAGCUGCCAUCCUCGUGAUCGUGCUGCUGUUUCGGGGCCUCAGCCAGAAAGCUACUGAGGUGCUGAGGGAUGUCCUUAAGGAUCUCUACCACCUGCUGAAACACGUGGUGCGUUUGGAGCCCGAUGAUGUGGCCAAGCUCCACGCCCAGCUGGCCCUUGAAGAGCUGGAUGAGAUCAUGAGAAACUUCCUCUUCCCACCACAGAAGCUGGAGAAAAAGAUUAUGGUCCUGCCCUAGACCUGGCUCUAAGGACAUCAAGGAGGUAGAGGACCAAGAGCAGUGCCCAGUCCUUCCAGCAGGUGGCCCCACUGCCUCUUUGGUGCUGGCAAUAUGGCUGACCCUGGAUGGCUUUAUGUGUCUGGUCAUUUGUGCCUUCAGGCUGACCUUCCUAAAGCAUCUAUUUAGCAUCCUGCAUCCAGCCUGAAGCAUGUGUCAUUAGAAGACAAAAGAUUACAAAUCUCAUUUAUCUGCACAUUUUUCACUGGCCUAGAGCAUUUAGAGAAGGAAGUCUACUUGAUGGAAAUAUAUAUAUAUAUAUAUAUAUAUAUAUAUAUAUAUAUAUAUAUAUGUAUGUAUAUAUGUGUGUGUGUGUAUAUAUAUAUAUAUAUAUAUAUAUAUAUAUAUAUAUAUAAUUCGAUGGAAGUACAUUUUUAACACAACUGGUAGAAUUUGAUUAAUUGACCAUUCUCUUAUUGUGACUUGAACAGAAGAGGUUGACCACCCUCCUGAGUGGCACAUGUGUCAUAUAUCUUGACAUUCUUUCAUAGUGAGAUUGUUCUUCCUUGUGAUAAUGAGGAGCAGCCAGAGCUACUCAUCCUUGGCUACUCAAGAGGCUUAUCAGAGUAUAGAGAUGCAGUUGGAGGUAGGGAGGGGAAGGAAACUGUUAUCAAAACAUGCAAAAUGGAAUAAAAUUAUUUUGGCUGGAAAGAAUAAUAGGUCUGAAUCUGGUCUUCGGCUACUGGGAUGAAAAGCUGUGGCACUGAGGAGGAUUUGCACUCCAGAGAAGAGAGUCAAGCUUGUUGAAUCUUCCAGAGAUGAAGAGUAGCCCUGUGUUUGUCCUCCCGGGCCAUUUUCUUAGCUCCCCCUGCUGCUAUUUGCAUGAAAGGGCCCUGAUUAUAGAAGAGAGCCAUAAACAUCUCAGAUGAGAGAGUUUAUAUAUAGCAUUUGGUCGCUCUGCUCCUUCAGGAAGGAAUGCUUAGACAAUGGGUUAAUUAAAUGUGUGCUGGAAAGCGUGUAGCAUAUUGGUGACCUGAAGCAAGGUUUAUUGAAAUCCUAUCAGAUGUAGCACUGUGGGCUCCUCUUUAUUUAUGUAUUUCGGCCACUGAAUUUUGAUUGCAGCUAAAAGAGAAGAGAAAAA